AUGUGCCCUUCAGCUUCAAAUGUCAAUCCAAAUCAGAAUUCGGACAAUGUGAUAAAGUUAUGGGUUGAUUUGGAGAAGAAAAUGAACACUCGUUUUGAUGAGUUGAUGAAGCGACAAGAUGAAAUGGACUCCAAAUUGGACUUGGUGUUAUCAAUGAUGGUUCGUAGUUCUGGUUGUAAAUCUAAUCAACCUGAGUUUGAGUUGGAGGCUAAACAUAAUGGCAUAAAAGUUGAUGGUGGUGAGUGCGGAGAUGCAUAUAGCUAUGUCACUCCACCUACUUUUAAUGGUGAUGAUGUUGUUUGCAAUAACGAAAAUGAAGUUGAGCAUAUAGAUGAGGCUUUAUGGGGCAUGAGAAAAAGGUCACAAAAGUAUCAUGACCUCUUUGAUCAGAAUGUCGCCAUUCUUGAUGAAUUCUUUUCUCAGUGGCUUUGUGGACAUUGGGAGAAGUUCAAUUUAGGUAAAAAUUACAAGGACUUUGUAUUUGAUGAUGUUUUUAUUAAGUAUGUAAAUGGUGAGAAACCACUUAGAGGAAAGGCUUGGGAGAAUGUUCACACACUUUACACACCACUAAAUAUCGAAGGCAAACAUUGGGUAUCUUUGGCAGUCAAGUUGGAGAAGUGGGAGAUUGUAGUGUUUGAUAGUAAUAUAAACCUCACACCUGAGCAAAAAUUGGUCAAACACUUGGAGCCUUUCCGGUGCAUGCUACCGUACUUGCUUCGUCAAAGUGGUAAGUUUAUGGGUCGUCUUCACAAAAUUCCUGAGCCAUUUACAUGUCGAAGGUUGUGUGACAUUCCUCAAGACCAAUCCAGCGGAGAUUGUGGAAUAUUUGCCAUCAAGCAUAUCGAGUUCGACAUGUGCGGGCUAAACAUGAAUUAUGUUCACGAUGACAAUAUUGUCUUCUUUCGGAAAAAAAUGUCAUGUGAAAUCUACAAUAGAGAUUGGGAUCCAUAGUAAAGGAAAAUCUGGAAUUGUAUUUUGUUUAUGUAUCAAACUCUUAUAGUAUGACUUGUAUUGGAUAUUUAUUAGCAAAGGCAA